AUGGUUACGGUGCCGGAGUCCAAUCUCAGGCCUCUGUCAGCCGAAGAUCUGCAGGACUGCGACAUUGCUUUGGGACCUGCGUCAGACACCGGUGUCAUGGGGGCCGAGCUCACCGACAACCUCUCACAGAAAGGGUACGCCCUUUGCAAGCUCUUCAUCGCACCGGAAGACUUGACAGAGAUGGUGAGCACGGCAGACAGGUGCGUGGAGGGCGGGGCGUUUUCCCGACUUGCCCCUGAGCUUGAGACAGGCUACUUGGGCAAGGAUGGCAAAGGGAAGACGUUGUCUGUAGAUCUGGAAAGCACCGACACCGCUGACUUCCUUCGAGAGUCCCCUUUGAAGAUCUUUGAGGAUGCUAUAGAAACUGUUGGAACAUUACUUCGACCUUUCGUAGAAACCGAGCUGGGCUUCGAUAUCUAUAGCCGAAGCAGUACGAUGAUGUCACUUCCUUUCAGCGAGGAUGAGGAUCUCUACUCCGCUCCAGAGCUCGAGAAUGAAGAAGCUGCCAGCUUCCUCUCGAUGAUGUGGCGAGCGAAAGUCAUGAUCCUGCUCAAUUCAGGGCCUGGUGCCACUACGCUGACGCUGACUCCAAAGGCCAUCACUGAUCAGGAUCCUGUGGAGCCACAGCUUACCAUCCUGCCGGGGAUGCUUUGCAUCUUCAGCAUGGACAGGUAUAAGUUUUCGUGCAGCUCAGAUGAGAAAGCCUUGUCGCUUUCUGCUUUCUUUUUAGAUGCUCCACGCGAGUAUGUCAUUGACAACAUCACUGGGGACUUGACAUUCUUAACUGGCUCCAUCAGCGGGCCCUCGCAGCCAAAGACGACAGAAUGUGUGCCUGUCGUGUCCAUGGGCAUGAGAUAUGCCUUUGGUGUAGAUGAACCAUGGAAGACUUGGGUGGCUUACGCGAAAGCCGGCUGGGACACCAUUACAAGGCAUCCCACAGCCAGGUGGGAUCCUGAUAUGUAUUACGAUCCUGACGCAGACCAAACGUCUGGCAAGUCCUACACUUGCCAUGGCGGUUUUUCUGAUGGAAUAGAACUUUUUGAUUGCCGUUUCUUCGACAUAUCCCCAGCUGAAGCCAGAGGUAUGGAUCCGACGCAGCGCCAGGUGUUGGAGGUCUCCUACAUCUCCUUGCAGGGCGCUGGUUGGACCAAGAAAAGUUUGCAGGCCAAGCCUGCCAACAUUGGCGUUUUUGUUGGGCUGGACAAGAACGAAUGGAACAGCAUACCCAAGGACAUCUCUGGUGGCUUCGCAGCGUCAAGCGGAGCCAAUGCCAUCACGGCCAAUCGCUUCAACUACUGCAUGAACCUCAAGGGGGCGAGCAUGACAAUUGACACGGCUUGCUCUGCCUCACUGGUAUGUACUCACACAGCCAAGCUGUACUUGCUUCACAAGCACUACGACCCCUGCGAGGAUGCCAUGGGCUGCUGCAAGUCUAGUGCUUCCCUGGAAGUCUUACGGGACAGCGCUGGCUCGAGGGUGGCUGCAGCGCUGGCCCAGCGCUUGGUCCACCCUGGAGCUAGCGCUGCUGCAGCGUGGGCGGCCAUUGCUGGCGCCAGCGCCGUGCCACCGCUGGCUCCCUGGCUCGACGCAGCGCUGGCCCCGCGCUGGCGGCCUGGGCCACGGAGCCAGCCCUGGGCCAGCGCUGGCCCCCUGGGCCAGCCAGCCAGCGCUGCUGGGCCAACGCUGGCUGGACCAUCAUCCAGCCAGCGCUGGCGGGCAGCGCUGGCCCACUGCCAUCCAGCCAGCGCCGGCCCAGCGCUGGCUCCCCGACCAUCGAGCCAGCGCUGGGCCAGCGCUGGCGCGAGCCAGGUACCUGUGAACGUCGUCGUCUUGCGCGCGUGGCAGUUUUUCCCCCGUGUCCUUUCAGACUUUCGCACAUGGCCCGUCCCAGUUCAAGCCAACUUCGUCAGUUUCCGUCCAGAGCGUGAGCGGAUUCUGCUGCAGUGGACUUGUCUGGUGCUUCACGAGCCGACUUUGACCCUCUCGCCAGCGCUGGGCCAGCGCUCGGAAAGAUCACUGGCGCGGAGCUUCAGCAUUGCAAAGGCGCAGGGCGAAGGUGGCAUGUGCAAGGCCGCAAAGGAGAAGCCGAAGGAAACCAACAAAGGUCACACCAAGACCAACGGUGAAACGUUGCGUCAGCAGCUGGCAGCAGCGACACAAGCUCCAGUCGCAGAAGACAACGUUGCUCUCAACCGCAUGUUGCAACACCUCUGGCCAUAUCUGGCGGAACACACGACGAAGGAGCUCGCGUCACAGCUGGAGCCCUCCAUACGUCUUGCGUUGAGCAGGCUGCCUGCGCCUCUCAAUAGGUGCUCAGUAGACUUGCAGCGCUCAACGCUGGGAACGAGGCCCCUGCGACUGUUGGCACCGCAUGCGUCCUGGUCUGGCCCGACAACUUUCACAAUUAGCUUGCGACUUGAAUGGGACAGUGACAGUUCGGUCUACUUGAUGUUUACAGGCGCCACGCUGGGAAUUGUAAACCUCACAGUCGUUGGGAACCUGAUCGUCGAGUUUCUGCUUUGCUCUGGGGGCUCUCCUGGGUCUCUUCGCACCCUUCUCUCGGGUCUGCGCCUCUUUUUUCCAACGCCGCCAGAUAUCCAGUUUGAUAUCGAUCGUGGUCAAUUGGCAUUUGCCGUGAAUUUGGCGAUGCUGAAGCAAAUGAUUUUUGAAGCGAUCUCAGCGAGAUGGGCAGAGAAGUUGGUAUUUCCCAAUUGCCAGGGCCUUUCCUUGACCAACAGCCUUGACAUUCUGGAUGUGAAGAGGCCGCGGGUGGAAGGUUGUAUCGUCCUCAAGAUUUGCUCGGUCGACGGCCUUCCAGAGCCAGGCAAGUACCUCAUUCAGACGGUUUUUGGAUGUGAUCUUCACUCGGCCAGUUUCGAAGCGGAUGCCUGCUCGACUUGUCUUCAGGACGUGUGUUGUUUGCACCUCCUUGUGCGAGCGUGUGCUCAUCAGCGGCUUCUGGUGAAGCUCUUGCGAGGCAGAGCUAGCUGCCAGCAACUUGGCUACUUGAGCCUGCGAGCUGCUGAUCUCGUGAGUGCUGCGCGGAAUGGCUCCGGCACGUACCCGCUGCAGCCAAUCGAUGAGGGCAAGGGCAUGACGGCCCCGAAACAGACGCUCAACAUCAACUUGAACUGGUGGCCUGUUCAUGCUGCGCAGGAUGAGGAAGUCUCCCCGGCACUUCUUUCCGUCGGCAUCUACUCAGCGCUGGUGCCAAGCCUUGACGGUGUUUACUGGGUGGCAAUCCGACUGGUGAGUGGAAGCAAAGUAGAGAGGACGAGCCAGAGGAGCCCACAGCACGAACGUGUUUUGCAGGAUCCUGAGAUGUUGGAAGAUCAAGCUGGUGGCUGCGGCAAAGUCGAGUGGCUUGAGAGCUUCGAUUUCCGGAUUGAGGGCAGCGAUCCCAAAAUUCCAGCUCUGCUGAUCGAGCUGUGGCACAAGGCUCCCGGAAAGGCCGAAUCGAAAGUCGGAACCCAUCACCUCUCCCCAGGCAGUGGCACGCGCCGAUCGCUGGCUUUUGAAGGAUCGGCUGCAAGGCUUGAGUACCGAACGCAGCUGGCCUGCUUCUCCAGGUCGGAGGUCGACCCCGCCCUACUUGUAGACGGUCUUGCACCGAUGCAGGAAGUGGCGGAGUCCGUCACGGAGACUGGGAUCCCUGGGAUCUCAGUGGCUGCAUCUGCUGCCUCCGCUGCCUCCGCUCUCGCUUCGGCAGUGGAUGGCAUCGUUGCAUCUGGAGCUUCUGGAGCAGUCUCCACUGCUGCCACCACCGUUACCAGUGCUGUAAAUGAAAGCCUUGCUGCCAUGGAAGGUGCCUACAAUGGUCUUUCGGCUGCUGCAGGGGCGGGCAUGGAGGGGAUAUCCUCGACCUGGACGUAUGCCAUGUCGCAUGCAGACUCUCGACGGGAGGCACAGGUUCGACCACUACGCAGAAAGAAGCGAGACGAGCAUGCGGCUCAGAUCACUUUUGCAAUUGAGGGACUGGAGGGCUCAGCGAUUCAACGAGAUGUGACCUUGUGGUGCCAAGGUGCUGGACAGAGAGCGGUCGUCAUCUGCGGUGUCAAUCUGAGCUUGAGUCCAUUGACGUAUGUCAGUGGAUGUGGCGCAGGCAUGCAUUCGCACAUUGGCCGGUGUUUCACAUACAACUUCUCAGCGGACGGCUACACUCGGGGUGAGGCUACGGCAUCCACUGCCCUCAAGCUGAAGCCGUUCGAAAGGGAGCAGGGCGACUUCUGCAUUUUGGCAGGAAGCCAGGUUAAUCAGGAUGGGCGAAGUGCCUCUUUGACCGCUCCUAAUGGACCAGCACAGGAAAGAUGUGCUCAGGCUGUUAUGAAGGAAAUUGGCGUGAAGCCCCCAGAGAUUGAUACGACAGAAUGCCAUGGUACAGGCACGUCUUUGGGAGACCCCAUCGAGAUCGGGGCCUACAGAAAGGUCAUGGCUUCUGUGCCGAGGCAUGAGCCUGUGGUAAUCACGUCGUCAAAGAGCAACAUUGGUCACUGCGAAGGCAGCGCCGGAAUAUCCGGAUUCCUGAAAUGUGUGCUGCUGAGUCUGUACGGUGAGGGAACACCCAACUGCCACUUGAAUUGUCUGAAUCCGCAUCUGGACAUGACUGGAUUUCCCGGGAUCAUCACAACCGAGAAUCUUACUUUCCGUGCAGAGGCCUCAUACAACGGCGUCCUCUCGUUCGGUUUCGGCGGCACCAAUGCUUGUGCGACAGUAUGGGGUGUCAAUCAGAUGACAUCAAGAGGAGUUGGCACAAACAAGGAUCUAUACAGUCUCUUCAUCAGGAAGAUGCAGGAUGCUCCUCCUCAGGAAGUCACGAUUGUGGGAGAAGACUGGGAGGACUGGGAGAUGGGAGGACCUGACAAGGACGCAAGGUUCAAUGACAUCUUCGAGGUUGAGCUUGAUCCUGAUGGCGUCGUCAGCUACUGGAAAAAGGACAAGGAGGUACCUGAUCUGGGUUGCCCAUACUAUCUGACCGGAACCUUCAACGAUUGGAAGUAUGACGAAAUGGAAGCAGAUGCCAGUGUGCCCGGCCUUUUCUAUUCGACGAUACGCAUAUCUGCCAAUGUCGAAGAAGAGUUUCAGAUCCUGGCAGACAAAGAGCCGAAGAUGACUUUCCAUCCAUCAAGCAGGACAUCAAUGAAGUCUUCUGCUGUCCGCGGGCCAGAGGAGACAAAACGAGAAAACUGCUGGUGCAUCAGAGGAUCGAAAGGUGAGAGGUAUCGCGUUGAGUUCUACAGAUCUGACACGGGUGCUGCAACGGUGUCCUGGCUGAGAGAGCCGUAG